AUGACUACUGUUUUUCAUGUAACCUUAAGACCUUUUUUAAUUUUGUCAAAGUGUAUAGGUUUAAUUGAUAUUUCGUAUACAGUGAAACCGACUGGGUUAUUAAUUUAUAAUAUUAAAUCAGUGUUACACAUAUUUCUAGAAAUAAUACGGUUUAGCGUGUUGUUGAUUUGCAAUUAUAUGUACAUUUUUCAGUUAAAUUCAGAAGUGCAUUUAAUUCAGAUUAUAGGUAUAGUUAAAUUUUGGAUUGUUAUAAUUACAGCAAGACUAUCAAACAAUCGCAUAAUUGAAUUUAUUAAUGGUAUGAUUGAAUUCGAUCGAAAGCUAACACCAAUUUCAACCAGUUUGUUGAUCCAACAGCAUUCAUUAAGUAAAAAACAUUGGGACAUAUUUUUAAUAUCAUUAUUUGCAUACUUUAUUGUAUUUGUAUCUUUACGCAUUUUUGUAAGUCCUUGGAAGACUGUAAACAUUUUUUUAUCAGCACACAUUUUAUUCUCACCGCCAUUUUUUUUGGAUUUCGUUGUUACGAGCUUUCUGUGUUUCUUUCUUCAAAACCUACAAGCCAGAUUUCGGACGUUAAACGAUUUUUGGAAAUUUCUUCCUGCCGAAUCGGUAGCUGUUUUCAACCAAUGGACACACAUUGAAAUAGUUUUUUUGAUGGAAAAAAUGCGGUUGUUACACUCCGAACUCAGCGAAUUAUUAAAAAAAUUUACUCUAGGUUACGGUCCAUUGCUUUUGGCUUUCUUCACAUUCAAUUUCAGCAAUUUACUCAUCGGCUUUUUUUUCAUGGUCAAAAUUCAUCCAUUGUCCAGCAAACCUACAGCUUUAGAUUUCAAGGAGCAAAUAUUUACUUUCAUAAUGUAUGCACAAAUUGUCAUAUUCAUGUUGUCCGUUAUCGUGUGUGUUUCGUUAAUAGACGACCAGCGAACGAAGAUAAUAUCAUAUCUACGAUUAUACCGAAUUUCAAAUUUACAUACGGACGUUAAACUACAAAUCAAAAUGUUUAUGAAUCAAAUGUCAGUUUUUGAAUUCGACCAAAUUACAGCUUUUGGAUUAUUUAAUGUAAAUUUAAAUCUUGUUGUAUCAAUACUUGUAUUAGGUAUAACUGGAAUAACCACAUUAGUACAAAUGAAACAUCAUCCAAUGAUAAUGACAUUGAAUAAUGACACUAAAUCCUACUUAACAAUUGCACAUAAAGAUGUACAUUGAUUUGAAUUAUCUAA